GCCACCUUACCUUUUCCUUUUUAGUUUUCCUAAUUAAUGGCAUUUACUCCUUUUGGUAAUUUUCCCUCCUUUCAUGGGUAUCAACUGUUCUUCUUCUUCAUUUAUUUAUUUUUUUCCAGUGUUGAUGGAUUGUUCUACUACAAAUGAGGGGGGUUGCGGGAUUACUAUGCAGCGUGUUAAGGUUAAUUGAGCUUUGGAAAUCAAGGUUUCAGUGGAAAGGAUCUAAAAAAUUCUCCAAGCAUAUACAACAAUGGUAGUGCUGCCAGUGCAUUUUUAAUAAUCUCAAUUCUGUGUCAAUCAGAGGUGGUUCUGGAUCCAGAAAUUGGGAUGGUUACAUUUACAAAGUUGAGGAGUUGAAGCCCUUAUCAACAGCGUGCAAGAUUGGGAUUUUAGUUCAAUUGGGUAUUUGGGUUGUUCAAAUCAGGCAGCAGUGAUAUCAAUGCUUGGUUUAUCGCUCAGAAUCUUACAAAGGAGGGAAGGAUGGGGUAAGACAGGUUAUUGUCCUUUACCUAAUGUUAAGGUUGGCACUAUUGUGCAGGUUUUAUUGCUCUUCUCCUGUAUUUUGGUAUUUUUGAAUUGCAGUAUUUUUCUAAACACCACUCUAAACUCUGCAAUUAGACAUCUGUGGGAAUUUAUAGGUUCGUAAAAUUUGUCCAAUCACUAAAACCCACAAGAUUCAUCCUUAGGGACAUAAAAAUGACUUUUGACAAAUAUGUUGCUUAUGCCUAGGCUCUUUGCACCAUUUAGGUUACAUGAAUAGUCUUUGAGGGGCUUCCAUUUUAUUUGGUGAGAAUAAUACCAAAGUUAUUAUUGUUUUUUUUGCUUGGAUGUAUUAGAUUUGGAGCUAAAGCUGAAGGUUUAUUCCACCUUUUUUCCAAUUAAAGUAAUUGGGCAGCUUAUCGGUUACAUUGGAUCCGGCCUAUGCACGGAACAUACAACACAAAUCGAUGCGUAGGACCAUGCAGAGGGGUCAUCCAGUGAGCUUAUUAUUAGUGUUAGUCUCUAUCUUCUACUCCUCCUGUCCCGGAUCAAUAGUCUUACUUUCCUUUUUUGCACGUCCCAACAUAAUUGUCACACUUCCUUUCCUAAUAAAUUAAAAAAUAUAUGGUCUAUAAUCUUUCCUUUCUUUCCAAACAGAUUUUACAAUCCAAUUUUUACUUUUCAACACUUUUUUAAAACUCCAUAAAAUCAAACUAUGACGAUUAAUAUGUAAAAAAAAUUCGCUAAAAAACCAUUUCAUAUAUUCAAAAUUUGGAACCUUAGGCACAUGAAUGACUUUCUACUAUAUAAAGCUCUUAGUAUAGGUUAAUUUAGGCCAUUGCACUUAAACUUUCCAUAAAGUGAGUUCAUAAUACUUUCUUAGAUUGGACUUCGUCCUUAUAAUAAUAUUUUUGUUUGAGAUGCAUUACCUCUCUUCCUAGAUUUAUUUUAUGUUGUUUGAGUUUCAUUUUCUUUUAGACUGAUGACUUUGGCCAGAAAAUAGAAAUAGGUCGUUUACGACAAAGUUCCUAGUUCCAUAAGAUUGGAUCAAACUCAUGAGUGAUAUAAUUUCCUUCUUCAAAUGAUGUCUUUGUUGUUUCUGCAAAUUGAGAAUGAAAAACCAAGAGGGUAAUUUUACAUAAGCAAUGUUAAGACACCUUCACUCAAUUCAUCACCUUUGGAUGUGUUGUCCCCCCUACUUUGGUACUCAGAUUUUAUACGUUUGUGAGCUUGAGUACCCAUCAAUUUAUUCCUGAACUAAUCAUAGACGAAAUUUGAGAAAGUCUUUUAAUUGGGUACUCAAAUUUGAUCUCUGCCUAUUAUUUUACUCAAUUACUAAGGCUUUUUAUUAUACUCUAAAUUUAUUGGUUGUGAUCAAACUAAUGGUAAGGAAAUUUGAUUUCUUCCAGUGGAAUUUUGAUUAUAAAUGAGGUAAGAUGCUGAUAUGAAGAAUAGGAAGGAGUUGUUUGUCUUUUUAUACAUCUGCUUAAAACUAUGGGCUUUGACUUUUGGAAUAAUGCCCAAGAUUAUGUUCAAUUUAUGUGAUUUCAUACUUUAUGACAUGGAAACUAAGAGUAACCCAAACUAUUGACAUAUUACUUUCUAUUAUAUUAUUUUAGAGGAUGGAAUGGUACAUGGAUAUUCUGACUUAAUUAUAUUUGCAAGUUAGAUAAAAUUAUUAUCAUGGAGGGUCAAGUGGAAAGUUCUCAACUGAGGAGUGUAGGGAGUGAUCAAACUAAUAAAUUAGCGUCAUGGCCUUGGCAUUGAUAUGGCUUUGGAGGCCAUUGAAUACUUGAUGGUCAUUGAUAUAGGACUCCGUAGUACUAUGUAAAAUGAUGCAUGUAUUUAAUUCACUAAUUACCUGAAUAAGGAUGAAACUCCACAACAUCAGUGUUUAUUUGUGAUAAUCAAAUCAUUUUUUUAGCCUUCUCACAUAGGUUUAUCAUGCUUGCUUAAUUCCUUUUCAAAACCAGACAAAUAGAUAUGCAACAAUAUUUCUUUACUUGAUAUGCUCCAUUUUACUCUAGAAUAUAAUUGGCAGGUUGUAUGCUUUGUUCUUAUCCGGCCAUUGUCAAAUAACAUAUACCGGAAUAUUAACAGGUUGCAGAAGUGUUGUGUGUCAGCAAUGGUUGUUUGAAGUCAUUGAAGAUUUGAAGCUUCUAGAGAAAAACACUAAUGCUAGCUUGAUCUUUAAAGGAACCUUUAGAAAACUCCAUGUAAUAGAACAUAUUUCCCCUUUAGUCACCUAUAUUUUUAGGAACCUAGUUUUAUAUACAAAGAUAAAUAUAUAAAUGUAAUAGAUUUAACAAUACUGAAAAUGUUAAACUUCCCAGAAUUAAUGGGGAAGUUCACCCAGGUUCGAGCUCCAGUGGAGGCAAAAACAUUGGUUCUUUGUGCGUCAUUUGGUUGAGAAUAAUAUGAAUAAAUAUUACCUUGCAAU